AUGCCAGAUCCGGCGCUCGGCGCCCAUGGAGAAUAUAUCAGUAAACUUAAGCGUGGUCGUUCCCGUGUCACCCCGCGCAGCACUUGUCAAACCCUAACCUCCUCGAGCAAGGUCGAAGCUGCAUCAAUGUCCGGCAAGUGCGAGAUCCGAUUCGAUGCUGAUCCCAUCCAAGGCGCAUCAGGCGGUCUAGGACAAGUCACUCAAGUCUCCAAUUUCGAGAAGAUGACGCACACAGGUUCUUCUUCCCCACCGCCGCUGGAUCUUUUAAAUUGCCCUGAUGAAUUCAAAUCACUAGAAAGGGACAGACUACUUCCCUGUGACUUAAAAACCACUAGUCCAAGUGCCUUGCAGCAGUACGAUGCCUACCUUCACUGGUUUUACUACUCUUAUAGAGCUCCUGCUCCUGUUGCACCGUACGACGCCUACCUUCACUGGUUUUACUACUCUCAUAGAGCUCCUGCUCCUGUUGCAUCGCUUGCUGAUGCUGCCUCCAUGUGUUUGGAUAAGGAGAACAGCAUGACGUCCUUGUGGGUCUCUGUAAACGCCUGUUGUAAUUGGCAUGGUUGCACAGCGAGUAAAUUCAUUGUUGGCUAUAUGCAUAUUGCGAUUAAAGAAAAAGGUGAAAUAGAACAUCCAUUUGGCAUCGAUGCUGCUAAGUGUAUUGCUAAGGAGGCUGAGUUGAUUUCUGAAUGGCUGAGGCGUGGGCGCCGUAUUUUUACCAAUGAUGAGUACACUGCUUUGUGCCAUGACAUCCGGGUUGUUGCUGCUCAACUUUUUAUUUCCCGUUGGAAGUGGUCUGUUCAUAUUGCUGCUGUCCUUCUGGGUAUCAGAAAGGAGGCUGAGUGGUUGAUUGAGAACUCGAAGUGUAAUUCUGAUGAAUCCAUUAAUACCUCCAUGAAGAUUCGACAAUUCACCUUGCGUUUUGUGCGAAAAAAGCAUGGUGAGCUUGAACCAUAUAAAAAUGAGAGCAGUGAAAGUGAAAUGACCUCGGAGCAACGAUGA